AUGUACAACUUCUCUCUGGACUACUACCUUAUCGUGGUGGAGGAGUUUGUGCACCUCAGUGACCCUGAGAGCUAUGCUGGCAGGAGUUCUUUUACUCCUAGCAGGGCCACCCAAGCCAGACAGCAACCUGCCGCCAUCUCUCCUCGCCUCAUGUCCUUGCGCAUGUGUCUGAGCACUGGUUACGUCACUUUAAUCUCUGCUUAUGCACCUACCCUGACGUCUACCCCAGAGUCUAAAGACGACUUCUAUCUUCAGCUUAGUGAGUUGUUGCACAAUAUCCCGGCUGGUGAUGGCAUCAUUCUCCUUGGGGACUUCAAUGCCCGCAUUGGUUCUGACUGCAGUGCGUGGAAGAAUGUAAUUGGCCCGCAUGGUGUUGGGAGAAUGAACGACAAUGGUCAACGUCUCCUCGAGCUCUGCGCUUCGUACAACCUAUGCAUUGCCAACACCUUCUUCGCAGGCUCUGUUCGCUCCAAGGUCACCUGGAAACACCCUCGCUCACAGCACUGGCACCAACUGGACCACAUCAUUGUCAGACAGAGACAACUGCGCGAUACCACCCACUGCCGCAGCUUGCAUUCUGCUGAUUGCAAUACAGACCAUGCCCUUGUUCGCUGUAAGCUUCGUUUACUACUCAAGAAGUUCCAUCGUGCAACGCAUAGACCAUUGCCUGCUAUUGACACUGUCUCAACUCACGACAUCAGUCAUGUUACUCAGUUUCAAGAGCUCCUUUCUGGUAACUUCAGCUCAGCACCAAUCUCUGCCAACCCUGAAGGUGCUUGGUCUAGGUUCCGUUCAGUAGUCUACAACAGUGCUGUGUCUGCCUUUGGUCGCUGCUCACGAAAGCAACCUGACUGGUUCCGGGACAGCGCGGACAUACUGCUCCCUGCACCAGAGAACAAACGGUCAGCCAGAAACAAAUGCCGCUUGAUCAACACACGCUCCUCAAAAGCUGCCCUUCGGGCUGCCAAGAGCACUGUCCAGCGUCUUACUCGAGCAGCUUUGCAACGCUACUGGUCUCACCUAAGUGAUCGCAUCCAACGUUGUGCCGACUCUGGUGAUCUACGCGGCUUGUACCAAGGCAUUAAGGAGGCAAUUGGUCCUACCCCAAAGAAAUCUGCUCCUUUACUGUCGUCCACUGGUGCCAUCCUCACAGACCAAACAGCACAGCUUGACCGGUGGGUAGAGCACUAUAGCUCACUUUACAACAGCGAUGCUGCACUUCCCAUCCUGAAAGAGGUGGACAAUUCCAUCACCUUGGAAGAAGUGAAACAUGCCAUCAACGGCUUAAAGAACAACAAGGCUCCUGGCACUGAUAGCAUCCCUCCAGAGGUCAUUGCCAACAGAAUCCUUCCCGAAAGCCAGUGUGGCUUCCGCCCAUCCCGCUCCACUGUUGACAUGGUGUUUUCCUUGAGACAACUCCAGGAGAAGUGUGUUGAACAGCGGCGACCUCUGUACAUGGUCUUCAUCGACUUGACUAAGGCCUUUGAUAACGUGAGUCGUUCAGGCCUGUUUUCCAUCCUAAAGCGCUUGGGCUGCCCAGAUAGGUAUUUGUCUAUUCUGAUGUGUUUUCAUGACGACAUGCACGCCACAGUCCAGUUCAAUGGCUCAAGAUCUGCUAAGUUUGAAGUUCGUCGGGGCGUCAAGCAGGGGUGUGUACUUGCUCCUACCCUGUUUGGGAUCUUUUUCUCAGCCCUGCUACACCGUGCAUUUCCUGAACCAUCUGGUAUCCUACUUCACACACGCAGCUCCGGGAAUUUCUUCGACCUGUCCCGUCUCCGUGCCAGGACGAAGAUUCGGCAUGUUCUCAUCCGGGAACUCCUGUAUGCUGACGAUGCUGCCAUUGUUGCCCACUCAGCAGAUGAGCUUCAACAUCUCUGCAACUCAUUUGCCAGUGCUUGCUCGGAGUUUGGCAUGAUCAUCAGCCUUGGCAAGACAAUGGUGUUAUCGCAAGGCCCAGGUCCCCCUCCCAUGAUCACCAUCAAUGGCACACCUCUGAGCGUGGUCAACAAAUUUCAGUAUCUGGGUUCUACAGUUACCAGCACCAACUCCCUGGAUACCGAACUUGACUCCCGAAUAGGUAGGGCUGCAACCACCUUUGGCCGACUCCGUGCUCGUGUUUGGGACAACCGGGCCCUUUCCAUCAAGCUGAAGAUCCGCAUCUACGUAUCCUGUGUGCUUAGUGUGCUUCUCUACUGCAGUGAGUCAUGGCCGACCUACCGCCGUCAGGAACGUCGACUGAACGCGUUCCAUUUCCGCUGCCUACGUUCAAUUCUUGGAAUCUCCUGGCAAGACCGAGUCUCAAACCCUGCCAUUCUUGAGCUCACAGGAGUCAACGACAUGUUCACAUUGCUGUCAGCUCGCCGCCUUCGUUGGUCUGGUCAUGUCUGCAGACAAGAGGACGGUCGACUGCCGAAGGACAUCUUCUUUGGGGAGCUGGCUCAUGCUCAUCGCCCCCGAGGUCGUCCAAAAAUCCGUUACAAGGAUGUUCUAAAGCGUGAUCUGCGAACCUUCCGAAUCCCAGUCACCUCCUGGCAGACCGUGGUGCAGGACCGCACUCGUUGGCGAUCCGCUGUCCAUCUUGGCCGCUCUGCUUCCUCUGCCGCCUAUAUUGCUGAUUGCGAGAAUCGUCGUGCAGCUAGACACCGAGCUACAUCGUCGUAUUCGACGGGAUAG